AACCCUUAGCUGGGGGUUGGGGAACUGGUGGCAUCCUCAAUCCAUGGCCAUGGAUGCGCCCCUCACCGGGAGUGAUAGGACUCAGUGUCCCUGGGACCUGGAGCAUCUUCAGAGCACUUCCUGUACCAGUUCACCUGGAGCCUCACACAGGACCAGGAAGCAGAGGACAGAAAGGAGAACAAGGCACGUGAAUAUUCUUUCCAGAAAGACACGCCCCUUCUCUUCUCUUGGGUGCAGGUGACAUCUGAGUUGAAGAAAUGACCCCGAAAGUGUUGGCAGUGUGGCUGCCUUCAGCUCUGCUCCUCUUGCAGGUCCCAGACUGUGUCCCUCUGCGUGGCCCCAGCACCGUGACAGGCACUGUGGGGGAAUCCCUGAGUGUGCGGUGUCAGUAUGAGGAGAAAUACAAGAGCAAUGCCAAAUACUGGUGCAGAGACUUGCUUCAACGAUGUAAAGUGAUUGUCCAGACCAGAGGCUCAAAAGAAGCAAGAAAUGGCCGAGUGUCCAUCAGGGACCAUCCAGCCACCCGCACCUUCACGGUGACCUUGGAGAACCUCACCCGGGAGGAUGCAGGCACCUACAAGUGUGUAGUGGAUAGGCCAUAUAUCAAUGGCUCCUUGUGGGAGAGCGAUCCCUCCUUGGGGAUUGUUUCCUCCUUCAAGGUUGUGGUGUCCAUGGUCCCAGGCUCUGUCCCUGAGGACAGAAGGAACACCCUGGGGUCUCCCACAUCCUCACCAGUGCACACUCAGCCCAGCGUGACCACAGAGGACACAACUCCUGGUCCCAGUCUACAGCCUCGGUCCCUGCUGAGCAGCAUCUACUUCCAGCUCCUGGUCUUCCUGGAGCUGCCCCUGCUCCUGAGCAUGCUCAGUGUGGUCCUUUGGGUGAACAGACCUCAGAGGUGCUCUGGGGAGAAGCGGCAUCACCCCAAUUAGGAGAAACAGUGACGUCUGUUGACAACAAAGCCCUGUCCAUGUCCCCGCACACAACUCCCCUGGUGCCAGAGGACAGUCUGUGCUUCUGAGAAUACUGAGAAGUCUUAGAAGAUCCUUUGUGCUGUGUCAAACACGUACAAGAAUGUGCCCAAUAAAUAC